UUGUCAUUGUUUACCUAAAUGUUUCUUUAAUGAUAUUAUGUGUUGGAUAUGUGUUGGUUCCAGUGAUUCCAAUGGAAGUGUUGGUUCCAAUGGAAGUGCCUUUUACCUUGCUCGCAUGUUUUUAUCGUGCUAUCGCACAGUAUUGUUUCUGUUCAAGGAGCAUGGUGUAUCUAUGAAGUGAUACGUUGUCCACACUUCAAUCCUUGCCAUAGCCAUAUUGGACCGUACUCUGCGAGCUGCUGCCACAGCCCCACAAAGAGAGGACGAUGUGGCGCUCGCAUCGCUUUGUUUCUGCGCUGGCAGCAUUGCCAGCCCUGGCAUUGCUUGCACCUGGGGCUUCCUUCGUGGAGAGCCACGUGGCAGACCGCGUUCGACGACAUCAGGAACUUACACUCAGACGAGCAUCGAAGAAGCCAGAGCAUGAUGAAGACUUCUUGCAUCCAGAGGGGAGCUUUACCUUGCCUGCAGUGAUAGGGGGUUUUGCCGGACUCUGUCUAUCAUUUCUGGUGGCCAGCAUGCAAAUGAUGCCAUCAGUUGCGGAGGAUGGAUCUCCCACAGGCUUUGCCGAGUUUGCUCGAAAAGGGGGGAAGAUGGAUGCCGAUGUUGGAUGCUUCUUUGUCCAGUGCGGGAAGCAGACUAAGGAGUGCUUUGCGGAAGAUGGAAGAUGCUUGAAAGGUGCAAUGUGCUUGGCUCGCUGCCGUGGAGACUCUGACUGUGCUACUCAGUGCUUUGCAGAGUACGGAUGCCCCAGGCUAGAUGCAUGGUUGAACUGCACUGUGGAGAAGGAGCAGUGUGUUAGCGUGCCAGCAGGCACAUAUGAUGUGAAGAAGUUCUAUGCAGAGAAUAUCCCAACGAAGAUGAAGGAUUUUGACGUGAGGAAGCUGGAGGGGAAGUGGUACAAAGUGAGGGGCUACAACCCCAAAUAUGAUUGCUACCCUUGCCAGACCAACACCUUCAAGUAUAACACUGAAACCAAAAAGAUGGAGACGGAGGUGAAGCUCCGAGUGGCGAGAAAGAAGAGUGGCGGAUAUUGGGAGAAUGUCUUGACAGAACAGAUGGAUGUGCAGAGUCCUUCUGAUCGGAGCACUUUGUUUGCAAAGGGAGAGAUUUUUGGUCUUUCCUUCCAAGAAGAGUGGUACGUGCUGGGGGCAGAUGAUGAUUUUGUAAUGACUGCUUAUGUGGGCAACAACCUACAGGACGCCUAUAAAGGCAGCUUCGUGUAUGCGCGAACGCCCGAGCUAUCUGCGGAAGCAGAAGCCAAAGCCAGGGCAAUUGCGGAAAAAAGUGGACUGGACUGGUCGAAGUAUUGCGUAAUCGACAACGCUUGUCCUGAGCAACCUCCAGUGGACUAUUCAUCUCCAGUGUCGAUGAACCUAGAUGACAUGCAGGACCUUCUUGAGUGGUUCGCACCAGGCUCCACAAGAGGGGGGACUGUCAAGGACGCGAACUUCACAGGCGACUAUUAGCUGGAAGUGAAGGCCGCGAGAAGCCUGACCUCCGCCAUGUCCUCUCUGUGCCAAUGGACAAAGGCUAAGGCGGCCAAGAUCGGCCAAGCCGGGCUGGAGUCAGUCAUGGUGACCGCUCGCAACUGGCUGCCAUGAUUGCACCCUUUUUUAAGAAGACGUGAGCAGGUGAAUGCAGGUGGGCAGGUGCAGACCUGAUAUCAUUCUUACAUGGAGUUUCUACCACUUCGGGCGUUUGAAGCCCUGGAGGGUGACAAUGCGUGUAUC